ACAUAAGCGCACUUUCUGCUGGUGUGCCUGAGCAAGCUCCUGUGAUCGCAGACAGAUAAGAACAGGGUACAAGCACUCAGGCAGCCAGGUUACAAGGAUAUAAAAAGGGAGAGAAGAAACACUGAAGCACUCAGACUUGAGCCAGGAGUUCAGGAAGGAUUUCAUCUGGAAGAGUCUACGGAGAGAUUCUUGCUGCUGGACUCAGAUGUUGAUGUUGGACUUAUGCUGGAAGCCUCGAUGCCUCAAUCUGCUGAUAGCUGAAGAGAUUAUGACAGAGGAAAGAAAGUAAACUCAGUGACUGUGCACAUCACAAUCAAGCAGGAGGCGAUCUGCGCAUUACGGUUUUACGGUGUCCGGAGGCAGUUAAGGUGAAUGUUUGAUAAAGUCAUCAGAAGACUGAGCUCAGGAAGAAGCACCACGCUGGACUUGCUCGAGCCAUUUGACGAUCAGAUUUUGGCUUGUGGUUCUUGAGUUCUUCGAGCAAACCUUCUGCAGUUUCAGUCAUGUCUGAGAGCGGAGGGAUGAGCUACAAAGAGGCCAUUGAGAAGGCCACCAUGACUCGCUUCCCUCUCAUCCCUGUCAGAGGAGUUCCUCUCAUGAACCUCAUCGCCGACAACUUUGACUCCGUCUGGGAUUUUUGUCCUGAUCCGUCGGACCUCCUCAUCGCCACCUACCCCAAAGCAGGGACCACAUGGACCCAGGAGAUAGUUGACCUGCUUAUUCACAAUGGAGAUGCUGAGGCCUGCAAACGAGCUCCCACACCCAUCCGCAGCCCCUUCCUCGAGAUCGUGUCCCCACCACCCGUCCCCUCAGGUCUUGAUCUACUGAAGACAAUGGAUCCCCCAAGAGUUAUCAAGACACAUCUUCCCUUUCAGCUGGUGCCUCCUGGGUUUUGGGAAAACAAAUGCAAGACGAUCUAUGUGGCACGCAAUGCCAAAGAUAACCUGGUGAGCUACUACCACUUUGAUCUUAUGAAUAAGACCCAGCCUGAACCAGGACCCUUUGAUGGCUACAUCACCAAGUUCAUGCGAGGAGAGUUGUCAUGGGGCUCCUGGUAUGAUCAUGUGAAAGAUUUCUGGGAGGAGAGAGAGAAGAGGAACAUACUUUACCUCUUCUACGAGGACAUGAAAGAGAAUCCUCGGCGUGAAGUGGAGCGCAUCAUGAGGUACCUGGAUUUGUCGUGCUCUGAUGAAGUCAUCGACCGAAUUGUGGACCUCACGUCCUUUAAGAAAAUGAAGGACAACCCGAUGGCCAACUACUCCUGCGUCCCGUUGCCUGUUUUUGAUACAAGCAUCUCUCCCUUCAUGAGAAAAGGUGAAGUAGGUGAUUGGAAAAACCAUUUCACACCCGAGCAAUCGAAGAUGUUCGACGAAGAUUAUGAGAAGCAAAUGAAGGGCUUCAACAUACCCUUCAGGACCCUCAUCUAAUGGAUUUUGGGAUUUUCCAAAUUCCUUCUGCAAACCAAAGAUCGAUGAACUGACACUGUGCAGCACUCGAGCGACACCGACAGAAAGUUUGCCACGAGCUAAAAACCAAAAUGUACAAUGAAUAUUCAACUGGUUUGAUUGGCUUGUCAUGUGCGGGAGGUAAACGCUGUAAUCACUGCACCGAAUGACGCGUCUACAGAGAGGAAAUCAUCCAAAUAUCUGCAUUAAAGGAUCAAUAAAAAUGUGCUCCACAAUAUGAGUACAUGAGUUUUUAAUCACUUUAUUGCAGCUUGUCACGUAAACAAUAUAUAAGACCAAAAGUGUUGUGACUGAGUGGACAUGCCCAUUUUAUGUCAUGAGACCUCCAACAGAGUCCGCUGACUGCAUGGUGCCUAUGGAGAGCGCUGGCAGCUGGAGGCUGGUUUUUCUGCCCAUAUGAAGUCAUUUUGCAACCCUACACCACACUGUACAGAGCCCAGCUAAAGCAGGGAGGCUGCGCGAGACACGAGCAACAAAGACUAGAAUCAAAAUAAAGAG